UGUGACUGACCACCGGCUCAGUUUCACCUGUACGAACGACCUUGCAAUUGCGACCGAAAUUCUUCUAACGAGGUUUCCAUGGAGGAGCAGUUUGUCGUUUUAUCCGUGAGGGCUGAAUUUGGUUCCUAUUGGUGUCAAGAUAUUUCGGGAUAACAGGUCAAGCUCCUCUCUCUCUCGGAGAACACAAGUGCCAUUUCAAAGCUUAUUGGAUGAAAGUCUCAUUUACCCCUGGCUGCCAAAUAUGACGUUGCCAUGGAAACAGCUUCUACUGUUAUCAAUCAUUGACUGUUUGACAGAUUGCCUGGACAGUGGAUCAUUCCAUGGUCCGAGAUGGAGAAUGGAGCCGGGUGAUUUGUUCAUUCCCAUUGACUCCAUAGAAGAGGAAGCUACUCUGACUUGUGACGCAAAGGGAACACCAUCUCCUCAGUACAGAUGGUCAUUGAAUGGGACUCUCAUAAAUCUGGGUCUGGAUCGUCGGCGGCGUCUGUCUGGGGGCAACCUCAUUAUAAGCAGCCUGGACCGCUACCAGGAUGUAGGGAUGUACCAGUGUAUGGCCUACAACACAGUAGGAGCUAUCCUCAGCAGAAGAGCAAGUCUUCAGUUUGCCUACUUAGAUCAUUUCAAAGUUCACACCAGAAGCGCAGUGUCCGUCCGAGAGGGACAAGGAGUGGUGUUGCUUUGUGGAACGCCCACUUCCUCAGGAGACCUUACUUAUGCAUGGAUCUUCAAUGAGUACCCGUACUUCGUUCAGCAAGACAAUCGGCGCUUCGUCUCCCAGCAGACGGGAAACCUUUACAUUGCCAAGGUGGAGCCCUCUGAUGUGGGCAACUACACGUGUGUAGUGAUGAACAGCAUCACAAAGGGCAAGGUUCAGAGCUCCCCCACGUCUCUGAUCCUCAGGACAGAUGGAGUGAUGGGUGAAUACGAGCCGAAAAUAGAAGUUAAUUUCCCAGACAAUGUACCCGCCGCGAAAGGAUCAACAGUUACGCUGGAAUGUUUCGCCCUUGGGAACCCCGUCCCAGAAAUCACCUGGAGGAGGGCCAACGGCGUUCCCUUCCCCAGCAAAGUCAAAAUGAAGUACUCGAACGCCGUGCUGGAGAUUCCCAGCUUUCAGCAGGACGACACGGGCGGUUACGAGUGCGUGGCCGAGAACAAGAUGGGGAAGAACACAGUCACCGGUCGGCUGGCUUUUUAUGCAAAGCCUCAGUGGGUCCAGACAAUGAAAGACACGGCUCUAGCCAUUGAGGAGAGACUUUACUGGGAGUGUCGAGCCAACGGCAGGCCCAAACCCUCCUACACGUGGCUGAAGAACGGCCAACAGCUCCUCUCAGAGGACAGGAUCCAUGUGGAGGACGGAGUCCUGUCAGUGUCUGCGCUGACCCUGUCUGACGCUGGCAUGUACCAGUGUGUGGCCGAGAAUAAACACGGUGUCAUAUAUUUUGCUGCUGAACUAAUGGUUUUAGCUUCUCCUCCAGACUUCACAGGGAACCUCCUCAGAGCUUUGCUCAAAGCCAAGACAGGAACUACAGUGACUUUAGAAUGUAAACCCCAGGCCUAUCCCAUCGCUAGCAUUUUAUGGAAGAAAGGCAACCUGCCAAUCCACACCAAUGACAGGAUCACACUGUCCCCAGAUGGAACGCUGAGGCUUGCCAACGUGAGCAAGUCUGAUGCAGGCAGCUAUACGUGCUUUGCUAGGAAUAGAUUUGGCAUGUCAAGUACAACUGGAAGGCUCCUUGUUACCGAUCCAACCAGAAUCAUCCAGGGGCCGGUGGACACAGAGAUCAUUGUGGGCGAGAGCAUUGUGUUACCCUGCCAGGUCGCCAGCGAUCCCGUCCUUGAUGUUUCUUUCUCCUGGGCCUUCAAUGGACAGCUCAUCGCCAAGGGAGACGGUCACUUUGAAUUUGUGGGUGGGAGAACAGCAGGAGAUCUUAUGAUCAGGAACAUUCAGCUUUACCAUGCUGGCAAAUACAUCUGUGUGGUGGACACGGACGUGGAGAGUCUAUCAGCCGUGGCUGUAUUGAUUGUGAAAGGCCCUCCCAGCCCUCCAGACUCAGUGACGGUGGAGGAGGUGACAGACAGUACAGCCCAGCUGGCGUGGAGCCCCGGCAGAGACAACGGCAGCCCCAUCACCAAUUACCUCAUUCAAACCCGAACUCCCUUCACUGUGGGCUGGCAGAGGGUUAACACAGUCCCGGAGAUAAUCGAUGGGAACACACUGACAGCCACCGUGGUGGACCUCAAUGCCUGGGUUGAAUAUGACUUUCGGGUACUGGCAAAAAACAGCGUUGGUGUCGGAGAACCCAGCCCAGUGUCCGUGAAGACCAGGACAGAGGAUGCAGUUCCAGAUGCAGUGCCAGGUGAUGUGGGUGGAGGUGGUGGAAGCAGAUAUGAACUGGUUAUCACGUGGGAGCCUGUUCCCGAAGAACUACAGAAUGGUGAGAGCUUUGGUUACAUCAUCGCUUUCCGCGCCUUCGGAGAAGCUAGCUGGACUCACGUGGCCACCUCCGCCCCUGGCGCGUCGCGCUACGUGUACCGCAACGACAGCAUCGCGCCCUUUUCUCCGUUUCACGUUAAGGUUGGCACUUACAACAGCAAAGGACAGGGUCCCUUCAGCCCCGUGGUCACCAUCUACUCUGCGGAGACAGAGCCAAGUGAGAAGCCAGCGGGAGUUAGGGCCAGAAGUGUCUCAGCCUCUGAGAUUGAGGUGAAUUGGCAGGCUCUCUCCUUCAUCCCUGAAAGGGUUCUGGGCUAUGAGGUGGCUUACUGGGAAGAUGACACUAAACCAGAGACCAUGGGGAAAGUUAGAGUGCCUUGGAACCAAACCUCGGCCACAGUGAGUGGCUUGGCAGGAAAUACACAGUAUUUCCUAACAGUCAGCGCCUUCAAUACAGCAGGCACUAGCCCAUUCCUCCCUGCAAUCAAUGUCACCACAAAAAAGCCACCACCUUCCCAGCCGCCAAUGAAUGUGGGAUGGAACCUAAUGGGCUCUCAGCUGUCUGUGUACUGGGAACCCGUGGUGGCAAUGGAAUCAGAAUCAGAAGUUUUGGGCUAUCAACUGUCAUACCAUAGGCAGCGACACAAAGAGGUAAUCACACUCACAACGGUCAAUGCAACAGCAGAGCUGACCCUCCCUGAGGACGAUGAGGAGUACAUCAUCUUUGUGCAGACACUGAGUGAAGGAGGACUAGGGCCGGCAUCAGAUCCCAUACGAAUCCACCAGCUAAGUAUGAGCGCCCGUGGCUCCAGAGCCUGGAGUGUGGAGAUCUCCCCCCUCUCCCUGUUCCUCACCAUCGCAAUAUCCUCAUUCAGGUCAUCGUUGUGACACAAACAGACUCUGCUCUGUUUUUCAGCAUUCACUAUUGGCUCUUGUUUUGUUUUGUUUUCUUUAAUUUGUGAAAGUGGUCAAGGUUUUUUUUUUUCUUGCAUUUUUUUAAGGUACCGCAUUUUUUUUUCCAGUGUUAUUUUGCAAGUAUGCAGCAGCACAAGAGAAGAGUGUGCUGUCAGACACUUAAUUAACAGUAAACGCUUGCUUUUUUUCUUCUUACAUAAGUCUGUUUUGACACUUUUGCUGGUUGGGAACAAUGCUCCAUUUCAACUCUUUUUUGACUCUAGAAUGAUACAGAUGCCUUACUUCCAUUCAUGUGCCAAAGUAGUUUCAGCCUUCUCGUUGUUAUUGCUAAGAUAGCUACAUGCUUUCCUCAACAUUUUAUUCCUCACUUUUCUUAUCACGAAGGUCUCAGUGAACCUUGCAGAAAGCCCUGCAGAGAAGUUUAUGAUUGUUUGUUUGUUUCCUUGUAUUUCUGAGUUUUCAGUUCUCCUCUCCAAAAUCAGAAAGUAGGGACAUGUUCAUUCACCUGCGCCCGUGCCUUGGAGAUUCUUGUAUCGGCGUCACUUUUAGACACUGGUUAGUGGUACUUAGCGUUUCAGAACAUACUGCAGCCAUCUCCAUCUUUACGUGAUCCUUUAAAAGUCGGUUGUGUCCCAGAUGAAACUCAUAAAACACCUCAUAGUGCCGUUGUCCUCCAUUUACCUUUUAUCUUUUGAUUGUGCGGAGCUGAAUGUACCAUGAAAGCUCCUAAAAGUUUUAAUGCCUCACGCUAGUUAUAGUCUGCCGAAUGAUGGAUUUGACUUUGCUCUGCGUUCACAAAUUUUACAUUUGCUUGUAUACAGCAGUACCGGCAGAGGUGUGUAACUGCCAGUGUAAUUCCUUUUUUUCCAGCACCAGUGCUUCAGCGAACUUAAACAGCAGUCAUUGAAGUCAUUUAUCAAAGAAUAAUGACAAAUGUUCACCGGCUUCAGCUUCUCAGAUGUGAGACUUUGUUGUUUAAGAUGUAAAACACAGCAAGGUGUACCUUUUAUUACAUUUCCCUCCACAGUAUUCAACUUUGAAUGGGAUUGCAAUGAUCUGCCAACAAACCACUAUAUGAAAUCAAAAUUAGAGGGUGAUCUAGUUACUUUUGUAUCGAUUUUCUAAUCUCACUUUCCUGUUUUCACAUUAAUUUUUUGAAAUAUGCAGUAUUUCCUUUAUCUCGCUAGGCUAAAGGUUUUGCCUGGACCCUGUACUACAAAGUGAGUUAAGCAUACUGAGGGGUUAUCAACUUGAUAGGUCAACCCAGGGUUUAACCUGCACGUUCUCGCAAAAUGAUCUGCGCGUUCUCUGGCACUGGCAGCAUUUGACCAAUCACAGAGAAAAGAAGAUAAAACUAUGCAAUUGGAAAAGAAAAGAAAAUGAAGUCUGAAACCAACACAGUUGCUGCAGCAUGAGGAAAAGCGCUGUACAGUAGUUUAGUAUUAAAAGCGCUGUAUGAAAGCGUGAGCGUUUAGCCUGUUUGAAGCCAGGACUGAAAAAAUGCCCACUGCGUAACUUUACUGAAUUAUCGAUAUCACAGCUCUAUCAUUAAAACACAGGAGAAUCUGAUGGAUUAUAAUCGAAUAUUCCCUUUAAUUAAUGUUUAAAAGACAGUUUUAGGUUUUAUUCUUUCUGCUGCAGUCCUGGUGGUGUUUAACGGUCUGAGAGUUAAGAAGAAAUAUAAAAAAUAGUCAAGUAGCUCCUCUGUUUUAGGAUUUUAGGAUCACAUAUUAACACUUUCAGAACAAUAAAAUUGACCCUCCUGUUAUCCACAGAUGUGAGGGAUGUUCCAGGAAUCAUGAUGCUGUUUUUGGAGAAUUGAUCAAUCAGUAGGAGGUGACUUCAUACCUGUUGGUUGCUAAAAUGGAACAAAAGCCUCUUUAGCUUCACAGCAUGAGUUACUAUGACGAUAAAAAGCGAACCACCUUCACAGUACAGAAAACCCAGGGUUAACCUGAAGUUACCUGGAUAGAAAUCCUCUCCUUUGUAGUACAGGCCGCUGGUUACUGACCUUUGAGAGCAUGGAGCAAAGCAAAAUGUCAUUGAGUCUAAUGUCACAUUCAAAUGGAUAUUUCCACGGUUGGUUAAAAGAGAAGACUGAUACCACUCUCAUGUUAGCACAUUGACAAUGGGACCAGUGCGUAAGCAUAGCUUAGCCAACCGUCAGCUUGGCUUUGUCCAGUAUUCACAGCCAGCACCUCUGAAGCUUACUUAUUUGUUUACUUCAUCAGACGGGGCACGUCAGGUAGUCGGAACAAACAAAUUUCUCUAUCUGACUAAACUGACAAUAUCAACAAUCACUUCACACCCACUUCACACUGUGAUUUGCCAGCCGUGUGGAGGUGAGAAAGUAAGCUGGGUUUGAACUUCUCUGUCGCGUUUUUUAUUUGUUAAACACCUGGUUUUUACACGGAAACAUUACCAGUACUUUCAGUUAAAGACUCAAAGUCUCUCUUGGACAAUUAUUGCAUUUUACACCUCACUCCGGUGUCAAAGACAAAUUCUUAUGCUUCCGACAUGGUUGAAUUUGCUCUUUCCUAACAGAGCCUGGCACUGGUUCUGUUGUUAAUGCACGCACAAGGGUGGUAUAGCAUCUCUAUGAUAGGGUUAUAUAGGUAAGGUAAUACAGUUUAAAGAAAUGACACAAAUAAUCUGAGCUAAGGAGUCUCUUUGCUUGUUUGGAAGAUUUCAGCUGCAUUUCUCUCCUCAUGUCGACUGAAAGCUCCAUGAGUGAAGCUUAUUUUGUCAAACCAGUUUAAUGCUGAUGAGCUCAUUUAUAAUAAAGCAGCUGCCUGGUUACCAGACGCGAAGACACACCUAGUAGCCAAUCAGAAUCCAGAACUCUCAUGUCUUUAAUGUAUGGCAUGAAAAAGAAAAUCCAAUAUGUUUGAGCUUUGAAACAAACAAAAUGAGCAAUCUUUGGAUGUUGCCUCGAGCUCUGGGUAAGAGGGAUAUACAUUGUUCACAGUUUUCUGAGUGAUUAAUGGGAAAUACAACUGACUGAUUAAUCAAUAGCGAAAAUAAUCAUUAGUUGCAGCCCCAGUCUACAUCCAUCUGGGACCACACAGCCAGUGCCAGUCAGCGUAUAUUCACAGCCAUUGCAGUCGGGACGAGAGGUUUAAAGCGCUGCCAAUUGUGCCAGUCUGAUCAUUGAAAUCUAGCCACCAGCUUAGACAUUAUUUGGCUAAAUGUGUGGUCAGCUGUGUUUUUAAUACUCUGUGAAUCUGUCCUUUGUUGUCAGUCGUAUUGGUUGUUUGUUUUUUUUAAUGUGGUCCGUGUUGUCAUUGUUUAUUUAUGUAUUUCAGCGAAACCCCGCAGCUCAGGUAUUCAGACCUGCUUCACUUCAUCUUUCAAUAGCUCUGAGAUGGCAGAAGCGGAUAGAUCUGAAAUGUGUCAGCACAGGACACAGGGGUCUAUUUAACAGUCUGACUUGAUGAACGGAAAGCCUGAUGUGUGCCAAGAUUUAACAGACAUUAAAACAUCUUAAUAAAUUAGAGCAGCCCUGCGGGGUUUCUGUGGGGAAAGGGCAUAGGAGUAAUGGUACUAAUGACACUCACAGAAGGCGAAUAUAUCAGGAUUUAGGGAAGACUAAAUCAGGACAAUCUCAUCAAGACGACACGAUGAAAAGUGCGUGCGUAAAUGUGUACGAGCAUGAUUGUGCACGGUUAUUACCUUAGUCUGCCACAUCAUGGACAAGUGCUUUCAGACAACCAUUUAUCUAUUUGGAGGGGGGAGGAGGGUUAAACUCAUUUCUUGUGCUAUGGUUCAAAGCUUUGUGCGACUGAAGCAUUGCGGACAUUGAACGAGAGCAAAACAAGGUCAAUGUGGGAGGUAGAGAUUUUUAAAAAGUGAGUUUGACUCAGGGAGGAGUUGAAAUGUCUUUCCAAUUAACGCAGAUUCCCGGAGCGAAGGAAUAAGUAAGAUUUAAAAAACAGAAAGGGACCUAAAUCCAAGGGCACAUCAGGUGCAUGUUGCAGGUAAAGCUCACAUUAAAUGUAAAGGUUUACUUCCCCGAUGAGUGUUGAAGCUGUCUUUGAGUCCUGUUUCGUUGUUUUCGUGGCUCUACGUGUGGUUAAUCUGUAUACAUUCUUUCAUCGCAGAAUGACAUUGUUAGACUAACAGAUGUUUACACAGGAAAUGCAUUAUUCUGGCUAAUUUAUUGAUUAUAUGAACUGAAAAAAAAAGAACUUGUGUCUUUGGGUACAUAGAAGCAUUGCCAACCUCUGUUUUGUAACGUAUCAGUACUGUGGAGAUGUUUUGAGUUUGACUUUGAUCUUCUUCUUCUUUUUUUUAAUGUUUGAUAUGGUUACUGAUUGGGUUUUUUUUCCCUAAAGAUUCUGCACAAAGGUCAAGUGUUGUUUUUAACAGAACAAUUAAGAGCCAGAGAUUUUUAAAUCAAAAGUUGGUGCGCUGAGAUCUCCCUUGCCUUCAUAAAUGAUGCUGUACAUAGUGUAUGUAUUUCGUUUGGCUUUUUUAGCAACGUCCCCGCCCUCCCCCAACCGGGAAACCAAACAGUGCUGCUUCCAAUUGUAAUUCUCAGUCAAACCCUGAAUCUGAAAAAUACAUGAGCAGAGAGUAACAUUUCCUAGCAGCUGCUAUCACACACAGCCUUUUGGUGCAGUGACACAAACACCUACCUGUUACAAGGUAGCCGGCCAGUGCACAGUGGAUAAUACGAGUGGUAUUAUUUACGAGUACUUUUUGUCUUUUUAUACUAAUACAGCUUUACGAUUUUCAGAAAAGGCAAAUUUGAUCCUAAAACAAGUACGAGUAGUUUCAUUGGAUUUAUAAGUGCGUACAGACUUUACGAUUACAGCUCUGGGUUACAACGCUUGGCCUUUCUGUCGUGACUCCUCAAUAUGUUCAUGUCGAGGUGAUCUCCGUGAGAUCGUGGCAGCAGCGUUUUCACAUUGAAAAGUCAUCAGCUGAUCUUGAUAUGCUGAAGCUGUGCAUGUAUGAUAUCGUUUGGUGCAUUUGUGUUUUCUAAAUG